AUGCCAAUUCAAUCGCAGAUCAUAGAGUCUCCGCACACGGUAGAUAUUCCGGUGAGCGACAUCCCAUCAUGGGUGUUCACCGGGGGCACCACCGCGACGCGCAUCAUUCCACGAUACUUCGACGCGGAUAAUCCGAAGGAAUGCUAUAGUCUUGCCGAUGCUGAAAUCUACGUCAAACGCAUCGCCCGUGGUCUUCAAACUUUGGGUUUGCAGCCGGACGAUAAGGUUAUGCUUUGUUCUCCAAACCAUCUAUUCGUCCCAAUUCUACUGUGGGCAGUGAUAGCUGCUCGGUGCGUGUUUACCGCAAUAUCGCCGACAGCAUCUAAAAAUGAGCUUAAAUACCAGUUGGAGGAUUCAGGCGCGAAGGUGCUACUAGUACACUCCUCGAAAGCUGCAUUGGGUUUGGAAGCUGCCCAAAGUGUGGGCAUGUCAUCAAGCUCGGUAUUUCUCUUCCUGAACCCAAACGAGAAUUGCAAUGAGCCAGUCCGGUCAUUGAAGCCCUGGAUGGACUUUUGGGUCUCCGCAGAUGAAGCAAAGGUCUGGCAAUGGCACCGGAUCACAGGGAUUGAAGAAGCAAAACAAACCACUGCAAUCAUCAACUACUCCAGUGGUGUCCAAAUUAUCCACAAACGAUCACUUGUCGCAAAUACAGCCCAGGGACGUGCGAGAAGAGCUCGGAUUGAUAGUUCAGGAGAACGCUGGAUUGCUCCAUUACCCAUGUACCAUGCAUUUGGGCAAAUUUGGUAUUGCAUGAACGCUGCACAACUGGGCGCGAAGGUAUUUAUCAUGUCCAAGUUCGACGUUACAGACUUUCUGCGGUACCUUGACAUCUAUCGCAUAACGUUCGCAACGAUGGUACCCGUCAUCAUCAAUACGGUGAUCAAGUAUCCACAUCCAGAAGCUUUCAACCUAAAGGCUCUCGAGGGGGUUGUGUCGGGAUCUGCUCCUCUAAGCCCGGAAAUAGGACGAACAUUGAAAACCCUAUAUCUGAGUGAGCAUGCCACUGUGAAACAGGGUAUGGGUCUCACCGAGACGACUUGUUCUCUCUUUCAAUUUGCCCAGGAUGAUAUAGACGAUGGAAGGUCUAUUGGGUGGCUGAAUGCCAACUGUAAGGCCAAAAUUGUGCCUGUGGACGGUGAAGGCUACGAAGGAACCGCGCCCGCAGAUGUAGAAGUUGGGGAAAUCUGGGUAUCCGGCCCGAACAUGAUGAAGGGGUACUAUCGCAAACCCGAAGCAACGGCAGCUGCCACAACCUACGAAGAUGGCCAGAUGUGGUUUAAGACAGGCGAUAUUGGCUAUGCCGAUCAUCGGGGCAGAUUCUAUAUCGUGGACAGGAUGAAGGAAUUGCUUAAAGUCAAAGGCCUCCAAGUAUCCCCCGCUGAACUUGAGAUCACCUUGCUGCAACAUCCAGAUGUAACCGAUGCUGCUGUGGUUGGCGCAAAAAUGUAA